AUGGCGGCCUUGAACUUUGCAUUGCAUUAUGCGGAAUCGUUGGAGAUCUUAACGGAAAGUGUGUCAAAUAUAAUGACAAGUGGAGAGUUGACCAUUCCACUCAUUGACAUUUACUUCAACCGCCAGGACUGGUUUGACAUCGUAGAAGAAAUGCGCCAUUGUGCGACUCCGUAUGAAAAACAUAACCUUACCUACGUGUUCGAUAAAUACUUCUAUCGCAGUUUUUUGUUCAUAAAAUUUUAUUACAUUUUAAUUACAAUAACCGCUAUAGCGUAUAUGGUGUCACCAUUCAUCAUGCCUGAUCCUAGGAAAUUCGGUUUACCUAUGGCAGGAGUGAUACCGUAUUUUGACAAAGACUCCAGUCUUUUCUACGUGGUACAUUCAGUUUAUCAAGACUUCGUUUUAUUUUUUUGCAUAAGUCCAGCGUUCACGCAACUAGCUGUUAACUUCAUCGGAAUUAUGGUUGCAUGUUGUCAGACAGAGGCGAUAAAAUUGAUGCUCGUAAAGUUCAACGUCUUGAUAAACGAUCCAACGACAUCGGAGGAAAUUCUAACGGAAGAGUUGAACGAAAUUAUCCGACUACAUUCGAUAGUUAAAGAUUAUUUGUCCAAAUUUCAAGACAAGUUCGGCUAUUUGGCCCUUUUCGUGUUCAUCACCGUAGCUAUAACUGUUGGCAUGUGCUUGAAUGUUGUUGCCAACAAUUUGAUAUCGUCCACUACAUUUUUGAUGUUGAGUGUUGCAUUAACUAGUUUCCUGUAUUGCUCCAUCGGAACUUAUCUACUUGUGGUCAAUGAUGGCCUGGUCAAUGCGAUCUACGAUAUCGAUUGGUACAUGCUGUCAAUUCCAAAUCAAAAGAAAAUUUUGUUCUUUCUGGCCAAUGCACAACCGGAUCCGAGCUUGCACGCAUAUUUCUUCACUUUGGAUUUAACUACUUUUGUUAGCAUAAUGAAGGCAUCAUUUUCAUAUUAUUCCCUACUGAAUCAGUAA